UUGCAGUUGAUGUUUUGGUUUUUCGGUGUUUUCGUUUUAGAUCUUGGUUAAAUAAUUAAUAAUUUUAAUAUUUUCUAACUUAAAUUGCACAUAAACAUCUUUAAAAGAAAUAUUAAAAUUAAAAUUAGAAGAUUUUAUUCGGUGUAUUAGUUAAAUAUUCCUAAUAAAUCAUGUCAAUUGAAAUAGAAUCAGCUGAUGUAAUUCGACUUAUUCAGCAAUACCUUAAAGAGUCUAACUUGUACAGAACUCUACAUACACUUCAGGAGGAAACUGGUGUGACACUAAACACAGUAGAUAGCGUCGAUGGAUUUUGUGCAGACAUUAAUAAUGGCCACUGGGACACAGUCCUUAAAGCUAUACAGUCUUUAAAAUUGCCUGACAAAAAGCUUAUUGAUCUCUAUGAACAGAUUGUUUUAGAACUAAUAGAACUGAGAGAAUUGGGAGCGGCAAGGUCCUUGUUGCGUCAAACAGAUCCCAUGAUUAUGUUGAAGCAAAACGAGCCAGAAAGAUACAUACAUCUAGAAAACCUUUUGGCAAGAAACUACUUUGACCCAAGAGAAGCCUACGCAGAUGGCAGCAGUAAAGAAAAAAGGCGAGCGGCAAUCGCUCAUGCUCUAUCAGGAGAAGUGUCUGUCGUUCCAUCUUCACGUCUUUUGGCUCUACUGGGACAAGCACUUAAAUGGCAACAACACCAAGGACUGUUGCCUCCUGGAACAACCAUUGAUUUGUUUAGGGGUAAAGCAGCGGUGCGAGAACAAGAAGAAGAAACUUUCCCCACCCAGAUGGCAAAACAAAUCAAAUUUGGACAAAAAUCCCAUGUGGAAUGUGCCAGGUUCUCCCCCGAUGGGCAGUAUUUAGUUACCGGAAGCGUUGAUGGUAUUAUAGAAGUCUGGAAUUUUACCACUGGAAAAAUUAGGAAGGAUUUGAAAUAUCAAGCUCAAGAAAACUUUAUGAUGAUGGAACAUGCAGUGCUAUGCAUGGCUUUCUCUAGGGACAGUGAAAUGUUGGUAACUGGUUCUCAAACUGGUAGAAUAAAAGUCUGGAGGAUUAGUACUGGACAGUGUCUUAGGAAAAUUGAAAAGGCCCAUUCUAAAGGAAUUACUUGUUUGCAGUUUUCUAGGGAUAAUAGCCAAGUGUUGAGUGCCUCAUUUGAUCAUAGCAUAAGGAUUCACGGACUAAAAUCUGGUAAAGCACUCAAGGAAUUUAGAGGCCAUAGUUCCUUCGUAAAUGAAGUUAUAUUUACACAAGAUGGACACAGUAUUUUAAGUGCCUCGUCUGAUGGUACGGUAAAAGUAUGGAGCAUAAAAACUACCGAGUGUGUGAACACAUUUAAAUCGUUAGGAUCUGCAGACUGUACUGUGAACAAUAUUCACAACUUCUACAAAAACCCCGAACAUUUUGUGGUGUGUAACAGAAGUAAUACUGUUGUAAUUGUUAAUAUUCAAGGACAAAUUGUAAGGUCUUUUGCCAGUGGUAAAAGGGAAGGCGGUGAUUUUGUUUGUUCUACAGUUUCACCGAGGGGUGAUUGGAUUUAUUGUGUUGGUGAAGAUAUGGUGCUUUAUUGUUUUUCAACUGUAACAGGAAAACUGGAGAGAACUUUAAAUAUUCAUGAAAAAGACGUCAUAGGAAUUGCUCAUCAUCCCCACUCUAACUUACUGUGUUCUUAUAGUGAAGACGGACUGGUACGACUUUGGAAACCUUAAAUAUUUUUUUAUUAUUCUCGUAUAAUAAUGUAAGUGUAUUGUGAAUACUAAAUAUUAAAAAGUAAAAAGGUUUUUUUAAAAAUUAAAAA